AUGACCGAGCGAGACAAGACGAAGCCCGAGCAGACCGAGCGAGACAAAGACCGAGACCAGGCAGACCGAGCGAGACAAAGACCGAGACCGAGGCAGACUUACGAGACAAAAGACGAGAACCGAGGACAAAGACCGAGCAGAGACAAGACAAGACCGAGACCGAGGCAGACCGAGCGAGACAAAGACGAGUACAAAGACGGAGACCUAGACAGACCGAGGCGAGACCAUAAGACCGAGACAAAGACCGAGACCGAGGUCAGACCGGCGAGACAAAGCCGAGACCGAGGCAGACCGAGCGAUGACAAAGACCGAGACCGAGACCGAGCGAGACCCGAGGACAGCGAGACAAAGACCGAGCCCGAGGCCCGUGACAAAGACCGAGACCGAUGGCAGACGAGACAAAGACCUGAGACCGAGGCAGAUCCGAGCGAGACAAAGGACCGAGCAGACGACCGAGGACCGCAGACCGAGGCAGACGACAAAGACCAGAGGAGACAAAUAAAUCGAUGGCCCGAGGCAGACCGAGCGAGACAAAAGACCCGAGACAGACGGAGUCGAGACGAGCCAGAGACCGAAUGA